CCGAUCUCAGCUCUAUUCUCGACCAGACCCGUCUGUUCCGAAUCUUGCCAAAUUUUAUUUAGCCUCGGUGGCUACGCGAGCUUUGCAAUCAUCGAAGCGGACAACCCCGACAUUGGACUCAUUUGCUGUAUUGCUAUAUUGCUAUUGGGAUGGUUGAGAUAUCAAGCUGCCAGGUUACUGUUGAAAUAGGCCAGCAUAUAGAUAAGGGAGAUCAACUUGGUAUGUUCCAUUUUGAAGGCUCAGCUUAUUGCUUGGUGCUUGAGCCUCAUGUGAGACUUGCCUUUAUUAUGAAGCCGGCCACAACCAAUAACCUUCAGGGGGGUUCCAAGCUUAACAAUCCCUUGGCAAUAGUUAUGAAUGAUCAAACGGAUUGAGGAUAAUCUUAACUAUAU